UCUGUCAGCCAUACAGAAAUACAAUUACUUACUAACCUUUUCUGUGUAAAGCCAAUUUUACAACUUUGUUGCCAUAAUGAUGUAAUGUCAACAAACCCUGAAACCCUAAAAUGACUGUAAAAACAACAAUUUAAACAAUUUUACAGAUCGAAUGAUGCACUAGUUUUAACAGAAUAAGUUAUUUUAUAAAAUUACGAGCUUCACAUUUCUAUGUUUGAACACUCCAAAAACUGGCCCCAUUGACUUCCAUUGUAAGUGCCUCACUGUAACCUUGACUGUCUGAAAGAGUCCACUGUUUAAGAAUAUGGUGUGUGUUUGGGAAUUAUAUAACUACCCAAUCUAUUUGAGGACAUUGAGAAGACUUUAUGUAGUUGUUCUAUUAUAAUAUAUGUAUAAAUAUCCCCAUGAAAUAUAUAAUGUCCCCAUGAAGAUAUUCUCAUAAUAUCACAAGUAACUGCUAUACACCGAGAAGUUGCAUACAAUUUGUGUGGAAAUUUUGAGGAUGGCCAAACAUCUGGAGAUCUCACUAUAAGCGUUUUUAGUUAGUGAGUGUAAGGGAGUGAAAAUGAAGCGUGUGUGUGUGUGUGUGUGUGUGUGUGUGUGUGUGUGUAUGUGUAUGUGUGUUUUACAGAGAUUUACUCCUUUUUCAGUAUGCAAGUGUCCAUGUCCAUUUUUUUCUCUUCUUCACCAUACAGUGUCAAAAACAGAAUCCAGAUGUUUUAACAGAUGUCGCCUGGUUACUAUGUAAAGGAUUACUUCCCUUUCAUUUAUUGUAAAGUGACAUACAACUCAGGGAGAGAGAGAGAAAAAAUGAGAGAGAUUCAUGGUACCGCUGGAACAUUUAUUGUGAUUAACCCUCAAACAUCAUUGUGGCUUCCACCAAUUGUUGCAUUCCCACCUCUCAUUCCACCUUUUGCGGGUGCAGACUAGUCUCCACCAGUGCAAAAUGACAGCCAGAUGAUGUGCAUUGCCCCAGGGUAGCCUAGAUUAACGAGGUGUGAAAACAUCCCUCAAUGUCAAGAAAGUCAUCCCUCAAAGGAAUUCCAUUGCUCUAGCAGCCCAGAAAGAGUUAAAUAUCUCUAAGCCACCUGUGAGGCUGUUUGUAUGGUGUCAAAGUUGUACCAGGGCCCCCCCACUUCCUCAGGCUCCAAAGACCCUAAAUGCACAAGGGGAAAAAAGAGGAUGUCAAGAAAAAUGUGCUGUGCUUGCAGUAUUCAGUGCACGAUUGCAGAAGGCAACUCCACUUGCAUCUUCAAAACAUUUGCACUCCCCCUUAUCCAAUUCGACCAGCUGAUGUCAAAGGUUUGGCCUUGGGGAAGUAACUGACAAAAUAGAAAUUUAAAAAAGCUCUGUCUUCUGAUACAUGUUAGGGCCAUAAAGAAAGUGAAGGGAGCUGCAGACUGGACUCAAACUGGCAGGGAGAGCAAGCAGAACGAGAGACGGUCUACAAGCCCGAGACUAGAACCAGACACUGUACGUCCACCUGCGCAAACCAACAUUAGCUCUAUGACUGUGAUACCUAGGUUUAACCUAACCAUGGCAUGGCUCAUGGUUACAUUUGCAGCCUUACUUUGGGCCAGUCAAGUUAGCUCUCAGGAAAUGCCCCAUGAGCACCUGAUGGCCCAGCUCCAAGCAUGUCCAAAAGAGUGCCGCUGCCCUCCUAGCUUCCCUAAUGCUGUUUACUGUGAAAGCAAAGGCCUGAAACACAUACCUGUCAUCCCUCCCUACACCUUGUACCUGUAUCUUCAAAACAACCUCAUUGAUGUCCUCUCAGCUGAUGCUCUGCGCAAUGCCACACAGCUAAAGUGGAUCAACCUCAGCCACAACAAAAUCACCAGUGAAGGCUUGGAGGUUGAUGCUCUUAGGGUCAUGCCCAACCUUGUACACCUCUACAUGGAAGACAAUUUGUUGACUUCAAUUCCAUCUCCUCUGCCUGCCAGGCUUGAGCAGUUACGGCUCUCCCAGAACAGAAUCUCCAAAAUCCCUGCUGGUGUCUUUUCUGGUAUGGACCAUCUCACCUUGCUGGAUCUGCAAAGCAACAAGCUACAGGAUGAUGCAGUAACUGAGGUCAGCCUGAAAGGUCUCAGCAACUUGGUCCAGAUCAAUUUGGCAAAGAAUCAGCUAAACAGCAUGCCUCUCGGCCUGCCACCCACAACUUCACAGAUCUUCUUGGACAGCAACAACAUUGAGAAGAUCCCUGCUGGUUAUUUUAAAGGUCUUCCCAAGGUGUCUUCUCUCAGGCUCAAUCGCAAUAAGCUGGAUGGGGGGAUCCCCAAAAACGUGUUUAAUCUUUCCAGCAUCUUGGAUCUACAGCUUUCUCACAACCAGCUCACUGAGGUGCCCAUCAUCUCCUUUGGCCUGGAGCAUCUUUAUCUGGAUCACAACAAGAUCAAGAGUGUGAAUGGCUCUGACAUAUGUCCAGCUCCCGCAGGGGCCCUUGAUGAGUACUUUGGUGAGAGUAGUCCUCAUCUCCGCUACCUUCGCCUUGAUGGUAACGACAUAAAACCCCCUAUUCCACAGGAUCUGAUGAUGUGUUUUCGCCUCCUCAGGGCUGUUGUCAUAUAAAGGACUCAUAACUUGCUGGAGAAUCCUAUACGUUGCAUCUACUAGAACUAAAAGACUUGAAAAUGACUUUUUGGGAAGUCUUAGAUUUAAUAUUGAACUCUUUAAGAACCCUACUGAAAAGACCAGCUCAGACCAGUAUGAAUUUCCAAGAGUGGUUAAUGAUGGUCUGGUGCUGCUGUAGCUAGUGGACCAGCAUAGCCAUGCCAUUUACCAGCAAAACUAAGCUGAUAUAUUCUGGCGACUACCUUUGCUGGGCUUUUCAGUAGAGUAGAGGUUUAUAAGACUAGUUCUUAUGAGUAUUAGAUGAUUUUUUUUAAUGUGGUUGUAUUAUAAAACCACUGUGCCUUCUUUUAAUAUUAUGGAAAACUAGCAAGUCUACUCUGUGAGAAACAUUAUUUUUUAAAUAGUCUAUAUAGUGAAGAGGGAUCAAAGAAAAAUUGUCCUCAUAUGCAAGUAAUGAUAUUUCCCCAUCUGGUGUAGAAGUUAAUUUCAAAUAAAUCCAUCUCAGCUGACAUUGCAAUACCCACAAACCAGUUUUACCUUUCCACACCAUUCUGGGGUGUGUUUGGACAACAGAGUUGUGGUCCUUUGUUUUAUUAUGGAGCCAAUAUUUGCUUUACAUUGAAUUUAGCACAUUGUGGUGGUGUAUUAUAUUUCAAGCAUGGUUAAUCUUGGUCACAACAGCAGUAACAUAGAUUGGAAAUGUUAGACAUUAUGCUUUUCAGAGUUGACAGUGUUGCCUCUCAUGCAUUUUUCAAUGCGAUUUACAUAUUUUCUUAAAUAAUUUUAAAAUUGUGAGAUUACUUGCACAGUUAGAGCAUUUAUUUACAAAGAAAAAUAUCCUUUCACAAUCAAUAAUGUUUAGCUUGUUGCUAAAGGUGUUAGUUCCUGAUGAGUCUGUGGUAUAUAAUGAUCAAUUAUUUAGUGUUUUAUUUUAACUCAGCUUCAUUCAUUGUCAUUCAUUUUGUGAGAAGCAUUCAUUUGGGGACAUUUUGGGAAUAUUUGGACCUUUUUUACUAAUUAAUAUACUCAGCAGUGACAAUGGUACUACCAGUGAACAUUCUAGACAAAUUUUAAGAUUUAUUUUUUUAGUCUCAUAUAAUGUGAAUAGUCUUUUUCAACACACAACCAUGACAACAUUUCUUUUUCUUUUUUUCUUUAAAACCACAACCAUCUUAGUAGAAAAACUGACAAAAUUGUAUUUUGAUAACUGUGAGAACCUAAAGAAUGUGCUUUGUAAGAGGUACAAUUCAAGAUGUGAUUUGUUUUGAUUUCCUUGUUUUGAUUAAACUGGUAUGAAUGGU